GUAUGAGAAGAGUCGAUUUUAAGACCUCAGGGUGGGUUUAUUGAUGAUAUUCGCCAGAGAAAGACUGAAUUGUCCAUCCACCUGCUGAAGGAUGCUGAGCUGUUGGAUGGAAGGAGGAGGAGGAGGGACGUCACGCUGUGCACGCUCUCGGCCUGUCGCUGCAACGCGGAAGAGACGAAGGAGGAAAAGAGACUCCACGUCACUGAGGUGUAAUAUUGGCGUCAGUGAACAACAAGGUGCCACCACAGAAGGACUUCAGUACCAUUGUACAAUUCCAGAUAUCCUCAUGCAGGUUACAGUAACUCGUAUGACCACAAAGCGAAGAUAUAUUCAGCUGUUUCUGCACUGAGCGGCCUCGGUAGAGACACUGGGAAUCCGCUGAAGGUAACGUACGAGUGCCCCACUUCUUCAGCUUCUAGAUGGGUGAAUCAGGCUCACGCCGUUCCACACUUGUGUCCCGCCUGCCAAUCUUCCGCCGCAGCAGCAGUAAGAGGCAGGAGUCGCUCCCCUCCUCCCCAUCUUCAGGCGGAGUGGGAAAUGGCGUCCACAGCUCUUCGCCCUCCAGCACCAACUCCAGUUCUGGCAGUACCGGGAAACGACGGAGCCUUUUCCGCACUCCAUCUCUCAGUUUCACAGCCAAACGGAAUAGUGAGCCACGUGUCCAGCCUAUCAACCUAAACCUCACACCUCCGCUGACACAGGGCACUGACGCAAAUGGAAAUAACCAGCAGACGAUAACAUCGUCACUGUCAACGGGGUUCAGUGAUAGUGGUGGACGCCCCAAGUCACGCCACUCAUUUGGGUUUGGCAGCCAUAAGAAGAAAAUCACCCGCUCCCAGACAGAGGAUUUUGACAAACCAUCCUCUUCCUCCUCCACAUCCAAUCGAAAUGUGUUUAUAAACUGCAUCAGUGGCUCAGGGGCCAAUGAGGGCGAUGAUUCCGGGUUCCUUGAUGACUACAGUGGUGGCAGUAAUAACAACAAACGGUUGUCACGCCAGAAGAAACAGCUGCUGCCCAAAUCUUUUUCAGCUCACCACCGCUUCUCCCGGACCUCUGAUCACCCCAGACCUCCAGAAGUGAAUCUGGAACCUCCAAGCUCCACCACCAUCACUCCAGGGGCCGGAGAGCUUACCCCGGGGUCAUGGCCAGGCGAGCUGCUUGGUGCCGGUGGUGAGAGCUCACUCCAGUCCCCUAUGAUGUCAGAGGACCGAACCACAGCCAUCACCCCUUCAGAGUUCAUCCCCAUCACAGAGGAUUCUGUAUCAGAGGUGGAUGCUCUGCCAGCUCCCAGCCCCGGAUCUGGUUUAGCCCCAGGACCUGCCUCUGUGCCUGGGCUGUCUACUGACACAGCUCCACCUGACCCCCCACCUGUUCCAGAAAACUUCAGUGUGGCUGUCUCUUCCUCCCAGGUUUUCUUCACUCCAGCCCAGUCCAGCACUGAAAAACCUUUACUCCCUGACACCAGCACAGCCAACAACACAGACUAUGAGACUGCCAUUUCCCUCUCAGAGCCUGAGACAGCUGUACCCUGCCUACCGCUGCAAGAACAAUCACUGGAAGAGAGGAAGGAGAGGGAGGAAGAGAGAAAGGAAGCCAGGGAAGAUGUGUCAGCGGAGCAGAGGAAGGAGUUGGUGGAGGAGACGAAGGCAGGUUACCACACAGAGACCACAAGUGAGAGCGAGGCAUGUGUGGUACGCAGCGAGGGUUGUCACUCUAACCCAGAGCAAUCGGAAAGGAGGGCAAGAAACACGCUCUCUGCUCAAGAAAGAGGAAACUUCUGUGGCUGCCACGAACCCAGGUCCUCUCACUUGAGGAAACCACAUGCAGCCUCUCUGUGUAGCAGUGUCAGCCCCUAUCAUGAGGUGAUGCGGCUGGAAAGGCGUCUGCGCUCCUCGUCUGAGGGGGCUGGUGGGCCUCGUAUCCAUGGAAACCACAGAGAUGCCCCAGGCAUGGAGGGAUGUGGUCUGCUCAAACACAGAAACAACUCCUCAUCGUCCAAACUGGGAAGUCUGGAUGUUUUAAACAACCUGGGUUCCUCAGAGCUGGAUGAAGACGAUCUUAUGUUAGACCUGGACCUCUCUGACGAUCAGCGGCAUCGACACGUGUCCAGAGAAGACUCCAGCCAGUCCCUGGCCUCCUGUCUCAACCUGCUCCCUUCCCCCAUGGAUCCAUCAGGAGAUCGCAUCCCGGGGAAAGACAGCAAUCAGAGGGAGCCCAGCCGUCCGACCAGCCUGCUGCCUGCUGACUGGAGUGCAGGGCUGGGUUUAGGGAGGGAGGAUGAGCCCUUACCUCCAGGGCUGGAGACCCUUCCACUCAGACUGAUGCAGCAGGACUGCACUGCUGUCAAAACCCUGCUUUUAAGACUGAGACGGACACUGCAGGAGAGCACAGAGACAAGUCCUGCCAGCAGCCUCCAGUCUCUACCCAUUAGCCCGUGCAGUGAAAAGUCCCUUCCAUUUAAGGAUCCUGGCAGAGAGGAGGCCUUGCUGCAACAAUUGAGAGAGAAAGAUGAACUGAUUCUCAGACUCCAGAGUGAACUGGAGAGUGCCAAAGCUGCCCUGAAGAUGAAAGACUGCCAAAUGACUGACCGCACAACACAGACAGAACACAUGGGGCCAGAGACCAGUCAUCCAGGCCGGUGGUCAGGACUAGGCAGCAGCAGCCUGGCUCCAAGGGACCGAAGGGUAGUGCGGGUUGUGGGGGCAGCGCUCGGAGGGGACCUCUCUAACCAGCACCUUCCCCACCACUAUCCACCUCUGCAUGGCCGGACUCCUGCUUCUGAACGACACAUUGCCAGGGAGGAGCGACGCUGCCAGGGGGUCUUGGCACAGUCCACAGCCCAUAACCCUGCUCCAAAUCUGGCUCCAGGCUCCUCCAACCUGUCCUCUGCCACUUCUGCAGUGUCAGCCCAAACCUCCAAACCUACUACUCCGGCCCAGCUUCAAGUUUCACAUCCGGGCCUUAGUCCAAAUCAAUGCCCAGGCUCUGGUUCAGCGGCUGCUAAUCACACCGCAAUUUCAUCUCUGUCCUCCAGGCAGCCAGAGGGGGUGUCCUCCUCUUCUGAGUCCUUAACUGCAGGAGGAGGAGGUGGAGUGAGUCUGUCAGGUGGGGUGAGGAGAGGAGGAGGAGGAGGAGAGCACCUUCCCCUGAGCCAAAUCCCUCGUGCAGUCGGGACCAGCGCCUCAUCAAGCCUCCACAGUCUUGCAAGCAGAGGGAGCCCCUCUCCAAGCAUCUCAUCAUCCAUCCCAGCCUCCCCUCCACCUCCUACUCCUCCCUCAGCCUCCUCUUCCUCCUCCUCAUCCUCCACGUUUACGGGUCGUUUAGGACAACCACCUCGAGGCCCUCUGUCUCUGCAUAGCUAUAGUCGUAAAAAUGUCUUCCUCCAACAUUCCCUACAUACUUCCGAGCUACAGGCUCUGACUCAGAGAGACAGUUGAGGGCACACGAACAUUUACACCAUCCCAACCAUAAGAUGGGUGACUUUAUAGAAAAACUGCUGCUCCUUCGGUGCAAGUUGCUCGUGUUCCACUGUCUUAGUUUCCCCAGAAUCAUCAACCACACACGCUUACAAUCUUCAACACACACACACACACACACACACACACACAUACACACACUCCUCACCAGUCUAUCAGAACUCCCAUGUUGUGUUAUGCUGACAGUUUAGACGUGCUACGCCCACAGACACACAAAGUGCACACAGACUCCAUACACACAUUCACUGAUCUAGUGACAUGCACUUAAAUACAUACACUUAGAGACAUCAUCUGUGAUAUCUCUGCCUCACAAUCUAACCGGACGUUAAAACUGAAUGUAGAGAUGAGGUAUGUAUUUGUGUGUGCAUUGUUAAAGAUUUAUUUUUUAUCCAUUUAUUUGAUCAUUUUUACCAGUUAAAACCAUGUGCUGCUUGAGGAACUGUGGGGCUGACCAUAAUUAGUGCUCACAUUGCCAAAUCCUACAUCAGAUCAACUCCUCAUUCCUUGAUGUCCACUGACAGAAGUCCAGAUGAAAAGACAGGUUUGGAUGAUCACAUCCAUGACCCUUUUACUGCAUGCUUUUUAAAUUUUAAGGAAAAUACAGGUGAGCAUUUUGUACUGCAACAAAAGCAGGAUCUGGGUGACUUUUAAAGUCUUUUAAUAACGUUUCAGUAUCAACUCUCACCUCAGUGUUUCAAGAAGGGAAUCAAACAUGCCACAACCUCAAAGACGUGAGCGUGUUUGUAGAGUUCUAAAUGUCUAUCCUUCUGCUCACACGAAUAAGGCAUUAGAUGUACUUUUGGCUUAAUACUGGACCACUGUUUUUGUAGAAAUACUAUGUUGCAAUAUUACCCACAUUAUAUACAAGAAUCAAUGUUUAUUUGCAAUGUUAGAUUACUAGAGUACAAACGUUGAAAUGAAGAGUUUCAUUCUAAAAUGAGAUAUCUGACAUUUGAAUAAUUUAAAACUUAGAAUGACAAACUGACAUUUAAGUAACUGGCACUACUGAACCCAUAACUAACAAAAUCAAAACAUAUCAGACAAUGAGAUUGACCAGAACAAGCAUUACAUAUUUUUUCCAAAAUGGGAAAACAAUAACAGGUUUUGGAAUGAAGCCCUUCAAAUCUUUAGGGCUGGGUAUUGAUUAGGGAUACCUACUGGUGCUUUGCUAAAUGACAGUGUCAAUAUCCAUUUUUAGGAUUCAAAAGGAAAAAUUUUUCAAAUACUGGCACUACAGUUGGCUGACAGGUUUUCUAUGACAAUUUUACUGAGGCAAUCAAUUGAGAAGAGUCUGACUCUGUUUAGGGGAGCAAAUGACAGAACAAAUAUUGCACAGAAAGUUGUUUACUUGAUCAAAUACUGACAAGAAAGAGAAACAGAAAACAUGAUUUUACAAAUGAUACCAUUUGUAAAAGCAUCAGUUUUUUACUGAUACCCAGUCCUUAUAUGUUAGCCUUCUUUUCUUCCUGAUCUCACGUGUUGGUCACCUAACGAGAUGGCAUGUGGUAUAAUAAGGCUAGCAAUUUUGUUGUUUUGGACAGUAGGACACAUACCUUUUGAGUGAGAUUCACUGUAACUGCCAUGACCUGCUGAGUUGUACAACAUUAUUCACACUUUGGGGACAAAGCGUGUCAAAAAGUGAGAAAACCCACCUUUUUUUCUUUCUUUUUCUUUUUCUUUUUUUUUUUUUUUUACAUCUGUGAACAACUGAACUGCAUAACAACCUGUUCAGUCUGCCACUGUUGAAUAUAUUUGCUCUGUUAACCUGACCAGACUGUCGAACAGCCCUUCCCCCCCAUAGGCUUUGGGGUAAACAAAUCUUAAAACGUCAGCUGGGAGGUGGCAGCCUGCCCUGCUGCUGAGUACAGGCCAGAAGUUCUCAGCUCCCGGCAUCUACAGAAAAUGUUAGAUUUUGAAGAAGUUGUUGACCUUGUCUGUCUCUAAACGGCACCUGGCUGUAGGGAAGUUGUAUAAAUUGUGUGUGUGUGUGUUGUAAUGCACCUCAUGAGGCAAGGACCUGGUAGAGGUGAAGAAAAGCCUGAAGGAAGACAGCUCUGCUCCCAUUGGUGGAAGCUACCACUCUCCCUCUGGUCUGUUUCACUUGCACACUAUUUCCUCUCGUUUUAUCCCCCUUUUUUCCUCAAUCCCUUCUCUUUCUGUCCUUAUUUCUUUCUCCUUUUUCAAUCUAUCCUCUCCUUAUUCCCCUUCAAUCUCUCCUCAUGCAUUUCCCUUUCUCUGUCCCCCAGCAAUCUGUUAUCUUCCUUCCCCUGCUACCCCAGGUCUCUCCUUCCCUCCAUCUCUUUCUCCUGCUUAGCUUACUUUCCCACAGCUUAUAUUGUCACACGGUGUACCUAUCACAGACUCUGUUGCAGUGGCUUUCAGUCCUGGGCAUUGGGACCUGCAGCUGUCUAAUCAGGGAAUAAUUUUACAUCUGGUGAAUGCAGUUACCUACCUGGUAGGGCAGACGGCCAGCAGUAAUGUGGCUCCCGAGGACCUGGACUGAGAACCGCAGCUGUAAUGUGAAUUAAACAUUCCCUGCUUGGUUUGUUUACAGGUGGAGGGUAACAAUACGUUGUCGCUGGCUGACCUCUUAAGAACUGCUAUUUACAUUCCUCGUCAAUGCAUGCAUCAAAAUGUAGUUGACACCAUGUGAAAUGUCACAAGGGAAUAUUUGGCCCUGGUUGCGCUGCCCACUCUCAGAUGUUAUUUUUUCACCGUGUUUCAGCUGCGCUCAUUUCAGCUGUGUUCAAAUUGGAAAACCACAAAGGUGGGUUGCUGGUUAUGUCACAUAUCAUGAAAGGAAAAAGGCCCAUCUGAGAUGGCAGUUUAAAUGUGGCACUGAGGUUUUUUUAAAGACAUUUUCCCAUGAACUGAUAUUGAAUUUCACUCCUGGGAAACAAGGGUCUGCAAUCAUGAAAUGGGCACACCUCACAAACCUCAAUUAUUCACUUUACUUUUCAUUUGUUGGUAUGUUAUUUAUUCUUUUCUGCCUUAUUUAUAUUUAUUGCCAUAGAACCAGUUUCCUAAAAGCAUUUUGGCACUAGCAAAUAAAGAUAGUAGUCAUGAUAAUAAACAUGAUGGAAAGACAAUAAUAAUGAUCAUGAUGUUAUUGUCAUAAUUUUAAUGAAUCCGAUAUUAUACUGUCCUAGCUAUUUAAUGUGCUUAUUGUAAUUAUGUUUUUUCUCUUUGAAUUGCUGUAAUAAUGAAAUUGAACUGUAUAAUUGUACAUAAAUUGUUCACCGUUCACGAACGUGAACGUUUCGUGCUCAUGUAAAGGACACUUAAGAAUAGGGUUCACAUACAUUGUUUGUCAGCACACAACAGAUUAAAACACAACAAAAAAGGGAAGAUUUUGUUUGAUUGACUAUUGACAAAUGCAGUCAGAGGUCUGGACUAUUACCAAAGCGUUUCAGGCUAUACUUAGAAAAAAAAUCUGACAAACUUGCUAAAUUUUACAUGUAAAGGCCAGUUGACUCGCUCAUAGGUGUAGGCUCGCUGAUUCAACUUUUCCCCCCUUUAAAAUCCAGCCUUUGCACUAUGACUAUUUCUGCUUGAGAUGACUUUGAAAGACAUGACUGAUGGAUGAUUAAAGCUGCUUUUUUUCAGUUCAGGAUGAAGUCUGUGUCUAAGUAUAUAAAACUAAUGGGUAGACUCAUACUGUGAGUCUCUGACCUAUUAGCCCAUAGAUUCAUUAGAGAUAACGUGGAGGAAAAUAAAAAAUCUUUCUUCAUAGAGUCAUUUUUCAGUUAACAUGGUCCUUUUAAACAGUUUGAACUGUUUGAUGGACUUAUCUAUGGUAAAAAAAACCUUGCAGUAUGUUUCUGUCCAUGUUUUUGUCACUCAGUUGUUUGUUCACAUGAGAAAUGUUUUAUCAAAAGAUUUUUGUCCACAGUCUCCUUAUUGUUAAUAUUUAAUACAAAUAAAAUUGAUGAAAACAUUUA